AUGUUAAUCCACACCAAUCAAACACGUUUUACCUGGUGGAUUGUGGCCCCAAAUUUCGUCAUCCUUCACCACUUCAAAGAACACCGUCGCCGUCAUACUGGAGAGAGUCCAUACGAGUGUUCAGAUUGUUUGAUGAGGUUUAAAACACGGAAUACGUACAAACGACAUCUGAGAACACGGCAUGGGAAGCUAUUAACCACCCAGGGAGCUAUCAUAAUACUUUCACAAGAGGAAGCUGACCGCAUGAAGAAGACACAAGGACGUAAGCCUCGCAGACCUCGUCAGCCUCUAAAGAUUAUUAGUCCUGAAGCUGCUGCGCAGAUGGAAGAGGAGCAAAUAUGGACUGACUUUGAAGAGGGUGAUCGUGAGGAAGAGGAGGAGGAGGAGGAGGAUGACGAUGAAGAAGAAGAGGAGGAGGAGGAGGAGGAGGAUGAGGAGGAGGAGGAUGAAGAUAGCUGUCAUACUGUGGAGUCACUUCAUUCAGGUGAUAAUGUAAAUGUUGGAAGUUGUCAGAUGUCAUCUAGUACUCUAGUACAUGCAUUGGGGGUUCAGCAGAUAACCAAUGGCAAAACGGGUCUGCUUGUUGGGCCCAAGAAAUUAAGUUCAUCCAAGAAUCCUGUUAGGUCUAAUCAUGUAGGGGUAAAUAACUGGGAAAAUCCAUUACCUGUCAUCUCUCAUGAAAAGAUGGAUGACAUAUUUUUGGAAGAGAGAGUUGAGGAAGAGGUUGUAACGGAGGAAGUUGCUCUAGAUGACUUGCGCACCUAUGUCUUCCAGCCACCUUCAGAUCAUAACUCAUUGCCCAAGGUUAAUAUUAAGAUCAUCGUGGAAUACCCUUAAUAUUGACCUUAAAAGUUUAGAAAAGGCUACUGAUCCUGUUGGUAUGCAAGACAACAGUAUCAUAGGUGGUAGUGUGACAGAUACCAAAGAUAAUAUUAAUGGCCAGGUGACAGAAGCAUCACCCCAAAUGGUUGAAGAU